AUGGCGGCCGACGCGUGCACGAAACCCGCGCAUCUUGACGGCGCUUCCGCCCCUGCGCCUUCAACUCCAGAUAGAUUAGGGUUUUCCGGAGCAGCAGAGGCAGUAGAGAGGGGGAACGCAGGGGGUGGAUUAGGGCUUUCUCGCGCGGUCGAGGCGGCGCGAUCUGCGAUCGGGCGCGCGGUGGAGUUGGAGCUCUUAAACGACUUGCGGAUUAAAGGCGUGCUUUCAGACUGCGAUCACAGGCUCAAUUGCACUGUCACCGCAGCUUCCACUGAAACAACCAUGGGCGAGUCGCUGUCAUUUCCAGCCUUGUUUGUGAGAGCAAGGGCUGUUCGCCUGCUACACGUACCGAGUAUGUGUACAUUGAGGCGGCAUGGGGCUUGCUAA